GUAUUUAGUAAGCAAAACGUGUGCGAGCCAAUAACAGCUACCAGCUAUACAACGAGCAACUAAAAAGGUUUUUUCCAAGUCAAAGUAAUAAUCAAACACAAGAUGCGUUUGGGACAGACCGUACCUAACUUCCAGGCCGACACAACCAAGGGGCCCAUCAAAUUCCACGAGUGGCAGGGCAACUCUUGGGUGGUGCUCUUCUCCCACCCCGCCGACUUCACACCCGUCUGCACCACUGAGCUGGGCAGGAUUGCGGUGCACCAGCCGGAGUUCGCAAAGCGGAACACCAAAUGCCUGGCGCAUUCCGUUGACGCACUAAACUCGCACGUGGACUGGGUGAACGACAUCAAGAGCUACUGCCUAGAUAUUCCCGGGGACUUUCCCUACCCGAUCAUUGCCGACCCCACUCGCGACCUGGCCGUCAGCCUGGGCAUGCUCGACGAGGAGCAAAAGAAGGAUCCUGAGGUGGGCAAGACCAUCCGGGCCUUGUUCAUCAUCAGUCCGGACCAUAAGGUGCGCCUCUCCAUGUUCUACCCCAUGUCCACUGGUCGCAACGUCGACGAGAUCCUGAGGACCAUUGACUCUCUGCAGUUGACUGAUCGCCUCAAGGUCGUGGCCACUCCUGCCAACUGGACCCCUGGAACUAAGGUAAUGAUCCUGCCCACCGUCACCGAUGAGGAGGCCCAUAAACUCUUCCCCAAGGGAUUUGACAAGGUUUCCAUGCCGUCUGGAGUAAACUAUGUCCGUACCACAGAUAAUUAUUAGAUUUUAUUUAUGUAAUCAACUUCGUUAUAUACCAUUUACUUGUUAUAAAGUACCAGAUUUUAGUGUACAAUAAAGAAUAUAGUCACAGAAA